CUUGGAAAGGAGAUGAAAGCUAUGGGGGCGUAAUUGGGAGUGCGGAGAGGAGCUCUAAGGAGAGCUGGCGGACAUAGUCCGUGUUGAAUGAGGGCCUGAUCCGUCGAACCUGGACCUGAUCCGUUGGACCAGGACCUGAUUCGCUGGACCAGGAGCUGGACUUGAGCGGUCGAACAUGUACCAUGUAGACUAACCACGACCGGAUCCGCUGGAUCUGGACCUGAUCUGUUGAACCUUGACCUGCGUAUCUGGACGUGAUUCAAGCUAACUGUACAAGAGUACAUUACACGACGAUUAAAGUAUUGAGCACGCUCGUUGCUUGUAGCUAUGGCGUCUUCCUCUUCCUCUUCAACACUUCACUUGGACUCAAAUGAUCUCCUGUUCAAGACUCUUCCGACUAAUGUGGCUAUCGACAACAAGGCAGAUACAACUGUUAUUCGGGUGAAUAGCGCGAACCGACAGGGGUGUCUUUUGCGGAUCGUGCAAUUGCUCACUGAGGCAGAUCUGAAUGUCCACAAAGCUUUUAUCACAUCCGAUGGCUACUGGUUUGUUGAUGACUUCAGGGUUACAGGUCCGACAGGAUGCAAGAUCGAGAAUCCGGACUCCAUGAAGCAGAUUGAACAGCUUCUCGAGGAAAGGAGCGAUCCCCAGGUCGAUGAAUGGGAAAGGGCAUCGAUAUUGGGAAGACAUGACUUCGCUGAAUACACGGCGAUUGAGGUAACGGGCAGAGAUAGGGUUGGACUGUUGAGAGAGAUCAUGUCCGUCUUGGCGAGAGUGGAUGUGACGAUUGCAGAUGCAACAGUGUGGACGAACUUUGGGCGUAUGGCCUGCGUGUUGUACGUUAUGGAUGCCAAUACCGAGCAGCCUAUUUUGGACGAGCGGCGGCUUGGUGCGAUUCAAGAGCUUGUGUCCACAGUUAUGGAGGCCGACGAUGCUCACGAGUCUAGAACAACUCUGACACCCUUGGUAAGGUGGAAAGGACAGACAUGGACCGAAAGACGUUUGCAUCAGAUGAUGUUUGACGACAGGGAUUUCGUCAGUCCUCAUCUUAGUGAGUGUGGGCAGCUGACCAGUCCCGUACUCACGCACAAGUCGCCACGCUCUGUCUCUGUCAAAGUCGAAAACGUGCCGGAUUAUCAGUACACAAUGAUCUCUGUGAAGUCGUCGGACCGCGCAAGAGUGCUUUUCGAUACUGUCUGCACGCUUGCAGAUAUGGAGUACGAUAUUUGCCACGCAUAUCUCAAAGCAGAGGAUGGUGUCUGUGAUCAGGAGUAUUUCAUAAAGACAUUGGAGGGGAAGAUGGUUACAAUGAAAACCGAGCACGUCUUUCUCGAAAAAUGUCUAGAAGCUGCCAUUCGCCGUCGUGACUGUCAGGUUAGCCUCCAAAUUGUGGCAACCUUUGAGAUAUUCUCUGAGCUCCGCAGAAGUCCUCCAACGAUUGCAGAGGUGGUUCCAGAUGUGUUUGAGUUGCCAGAUGCCGCGUUCCAGCCACGAUACCGAGCGGGUAUCCUGUGCCAUCAGGGUCCAUGGUUUAUCGGAGGGGUCUUUCAGCCAGUGAUUGCAAAAAAGAGGCUGACGUAGAACUUCCUCUCUGUUGGUUGGACUACGAACCUUAGCCGGGAAGAUCUCUCGCCAGAUUCUGAUGAGAUACAUCCAAUACUC